AUGUCAGGCCCAGAAAUUACUGAUAGCGAAAAAGAUACUGUUCCAAGAGAAGACAUUGCCAAAAAAGUCCCCGAAGACGAAUCCACUGGAUCCGGUUCUGGGGUUUCUGGUAUCUUGAAUAGUGCCAAAAACGCUGUUGGCCUCAAUCAAGGCCAAUUGCACCAAGGUAAGUCCUUAGUUUCCGAAGCCGAUUCUUACGAGGAUGUUCAAAAAGCUCCUAAACAUGAACAGUCGGGUGGUAAAGAAGAAAAGGAAAAACAACCAGAUGAAGAGUCCAAUGAUUCCAAAGACGUUUCUGCCGAAGCUAAGGCUAAAGCCAAAGAAACCGAAGAUAAGGUUACUUCUCAUAAUAAGCAGCAGGGCAUCAAUAAGAACGACGAUCGUGACUUGAUUGACGUUGCAAUCGAUGCCGACGGGGCAAUUGGCAAAGAAAAUGCUCACAAGGGGGUUUCCAUCCAAGAAGAAGACGGCGACGAUGAUGGUAAACCCAAUGAUAAUGUUCAAAAAGUGCCAAUGGAUUUUUAUCGAAAUGAAAGCGAAUUUGUUAAAACCGGUGGUAAACACGGUGAAUUAUAA